AUGAGACCGAUCCUACACCGCACAUGCUGGUCUUUACAACAUGCUUUUGCUGGGCGGCGACCACAAGCGCACCCACACGAUCCCUGCCUGCAGAUCCCACGCCUACACCAGAAGCUGAAGCCACAGCUGUCUCGCAGAUAUGCUGUGGCGGAAUACAAAGGCGACUGGGAGUGGCACCAGCGCCUUUGGCAGAUGCGCACGCAUUGGAAUGCAAAGCAGAUUUGCCACGCUUGCCGUGCGACCCGAAACUCCAAGGGCAAUGAUGGGCAAUGCUGCUUCACCCUCUUCGGAUCAAACUUCCCUCGUCGCAGUUUCGAAGAGUGCUUGCUGGAGUCGAUGCCAGACUGUCCGUGCCCGCUGGUGUUGUGCGAAGGGUUCCACCCUGCCAUAAUACGCUUCUGUGCGAUGCACGUGCUUGCAUUAGGGAUCUAUCAGACCCUAACUGCGGAGGCAUUAUUGUGGCUUUGCGAGCAGCGGAUCUUUGCCCCAUCUGCAACAGACCUGGACGAGCGACUCCGGGCAGCGUUCAUGCAUUUCAAAGGCUGGCUUCGAUCCAACAAGCUGUCCUGCAGCGGACGAGAGUUCUCCUCGAAACGCCUGCAUGUCAGCAAGAUUGACUACCCUUUCCUGGGAUACAAGGCGUUCAACACUCGAAUCGUGCUUGCCUGGUUCGAAAUGAGCGAAUUCCAGAAUGAUCUGGAGUGCACGGACCGCUACUUGACUGGCAGCGAAGGUGAGCAGCUCUACAGCGAAGGUCAGCGAGCGCUCCGUCUCUACAGAGAAGCAGCCUUGAUAUUUUCUGGGAAAGGUGAGCUUCGGUUCCUGCUGAGGCCGAAGUUGCAUGCAAUGGACGAACUUUUGAAAGGAUGCCGAGAAGAACUCUAUAACCCCAGGUUUUUUCAGAAUUAUGCGGAGGAAGAUGUCCUUGGCUUGUUGAAACCAUUGGCACAGAAAUCGAUCCUGGCUCGACACUUCGAAGUGACGAUGCUGAAACGAUACUUCUUGAGGUGGGAUCUGGGCAGAACUGAUUUCAUGAUCUGA